UCUAGGGCUUCGUUUCGUAGAGAAAGAAAGAGAGAGAGAGAAGAUGAGUGGAGAAAACGACAACGGCGGUGCUAAGCGCAGGGGCUCGGUCAAGUGGUUUGCUGCCGAGAAGGGGUUCGGUUUCAUCACUCCCGAAGACGGCGGCGAAGAUCUCUUCGUUCACCAGUCUUCCAUCAGAUCUGAGGGAUACCGAAGCCUCGCUGAAGGAGAAUCUGUCGAGUUCCUUGUUGAGGUCGACAACAGCAGUGGCCGUACCAAGGCCAUCGAGGUGACCGGACCUGAUGGCGCUCCUGUCCAAGGUACCAGCCGUGGUUCAGCUGGCGGACGCGGAGGCUUUGGCGGCGACGGGUACGGAGGAAGAGGUGGAGGCCGUGGAAGUUACGGUGGACGAGGUGGCGGCGGUGGUGGCCGAGGAGGAGGAGGAGGCGACUGCUACAAGUGUGGUGAGCCAGGUCACAUGGCGAGAGAGUGUUCCCAAGGAGGGGGAGGAUACGGAGGUGGAGGUAGAGGAGGUGGCGGCGGUGGAGGAAGCUGCUACUCCUGUGGCGAGUCGGGACAUUUCUCGAGGGAUUGUACUAGCGGUGGACGUUGAAACGGAUAGCGGUCCGGAGGUUGGUAAGGCUGAGUUUGUUAUGAUCUGAUGGACAAGUCUUGUCGAUGCGUACUAUCUCUUUAUUAUUCUCGUUUUUUGCUUAUGACGGAUGGAUCUUUGUCGUUUUCUAUGUUUGUUUUUCGGUUAAAUGCCUGAUGGUUUCGAAUUACGGAUUAUGGUUAUUUGUUUCUGCUAUUUUAUGGUUUGACGGUGUUGUUGCAUGUGACGGAUUCAUUUCAUAUUUAAGGCUGGUUUUAAAUCCA